AUGUUUCAUCACAGGCGCAUCUGUGUGAUUUUCUUAUUGUGUUUUAUUUCAUUCACCCACAGCAGAAGUGUAACGUGUUCCAGAGGGAAGCCCUGCACCGACCGACCACCUGUAGUCCUCGUUCCAGGUGAUCUGGGGAACCAGCUGGAGGCGAAGCUGGACAAACCCAGUGUCGUUCACUACAUCUGCUACAAGAAGACCGAUGAGUACUUCACACUCUGGCUCAACUUGGAGCUGCUGGUGCCCGUCGCUAUCGACUGCUGGAUCGACAACAUGAAGUUGAUCUACAAUCACACCACACGACAAACUGAAGCUCCUCCCGGCGUGGACAUCCGAGUGCCCGGCUUCGGCCAGACGUUUGGUUUGGAGUACCUGGACCCUAGCAAACACAGCGUGGGUAUGUACUUCUUCACUAUAGUGCAGGCUCUGGUGGAGUGGGGUUACACCAGGGACGAAGAUGUCCGAGGUGCACCCUACGACUGGAGAAAGGCUCCCAAUGAAAAUAAGGAGUACUUCCUGAAGCUGCAGCUGAUGAUAGAGGAGAUGGCGGAGAAGUACGGGGGGCCGGUGGUCCUCAUCGCUCACAGCAUGGGUAACAUGUACACGCUCUACUUUCUCAACCACCAGCCGCAAGCCUGGAAGGAUAAAUACAUCAAGGCUUUUGUGUGCCUGGGCGCACCGUGGGCCGGCGUCGCCAAGACACUCCGAGUUAUGGCCAGCGGUGAUAAUAACCGUAUCCCGGUGAUCAGUCCUCUGAAGAUCCGAACACAGCAGCGUACAGCCGUGUCCACGCCGUGGCUUUUUCCAUAUGCCCACACGUGGCCCAAUGACGUACCCAUCGUUUCCACGCCCACCGCCAACUACACCGUGAAGGACUACGAGCGUUUCUUUAAAGACAUCGACUACGAAGACGGCUGGGCCAUGCGCCAGGACACCGAGCCGCUAGUCCAGGCGCUGGAGGCUCCCGGCGUCCCCGUGCACUGCCUGUACGGAACGGGCGUCGCCACGCCCCAGGGUUACAGCUACAAAAAGUUUCCAGAUGCUGAGCCCAGUGACGUCAUUAACGGUGAGGGAGACGGCACGGUGAACGCUGUGAGCGCGGUCCAGUGCAAACGCUGGACAAACCGGCAGAAACAGCCAGUGAAACUGAUUGAGCUUCCGGGUAACGAACAUGUAGCAAUGUUGCUCAACUACACCACCGUGGCCUACAUCAAAGAUGUGCUCUUCUCACCCUAAAGCUCAAAAACGCUCAGUUCAGGCGCCCUGAUGAACGAGGACAAACGUUCAGGGUCCUCUUUCUACAUUUGUAUAAAUGUUUUUACCUUUUAAUGUUAAAUUCUGCCGACCAGCACCAAACCGUUCUUACCUUAACCCAAAAAGUGUUCCGCUUUAAAUUAGGGCAAAUGAUCAGGGUCAUUUCCUUAAUGUAGCGGACUUGGUUCUGCUUUUGCUAACAUUUUAAUUUUUACCUUUUUAGGGAUGGGGUGGAGGGGGGUGGGAGAUGACCACUUUUGGUCUAAACUGAUACCUGCUAUUAAUUAGGAGAUGUGAUCAGGACCUCCUACCUGACUAUUGAGCCUUGUGUUGUGCUUAUUUAUAAUACUUGUCACCCUUUUGUGCCUGACCACUUCUAUAUUCCGGAUUUUAUGAUGCCUGGGCUUUUAGGUCUGCCAGUUGUGGUAGUUUAGUACAGUGGGUAUGUUAGGGGUUACAUUGGAUUGUAGAAUUAAUUCAGUAAUGCUUACGUGCCAUUUUAAAUGACGCCUCACACUGAGACAGAUGUACAUGUCUCUGUAUCAAUUAUAACUUUUUAAUUACUGCUUAUUUGACCAAAAAGAAAUGUUUUAAAAUUGUAUAUACUGUAUAUAAAACCCAAUAGUAUCUGAUGCUUAUGGGAAUUUAUUUUAAACCUGAUGCCAGACCCACACUUGCUGUUGCAGAUUGAAGCACAGGACAGAUACGUAGUUUAUCAGAUUUAGUUAAUCUACAGCAAAUGCAGGUUUGGAAAGAACAGGAUUUCUCUUAAGGUGCUAUGGUGAAACAUCAAAUAGUGUCGCGGCCUUCUAGGAUUUACUUCUAUUUUCCGUUUAGUAUCUGUUUGGGUUUUUUCCAGGUUCUCCAAGUAACAUGUCGUUAGGUGGAUUAGCUACUGGAAAUUGCUAAUUAAUAUCCCUAUGGCUAAUGGCUCAUGAUGGACAGACAGGGUCUAUUUCUGCCUUUCAGGACAGGAUUAAGACCCACCAAUCUAAAGCAUUUACGUUUGGCAUUAACAAUUCAAGCAAUUAAAGGCGGCACCUUGGCAGUGGUGGGUUAAACCAGCGACCUUCUAAUAAUCAGUUCAGUACCUUGACCGAGGAGCUUCGGCUGACUAAUUACUAGAAAUCGGUAAAGGAUACGUUUUGUUAAUUAAGGCUAAUGUUUGAGCACCUAUGUUGACUGAUUUUAUUGUUUUUAUAGAGUCUCUCCCCCUUUAGAUCAGCGGUACCCAACCUUUUUUUGCACCACGGACCGGUUUUAUAUAAAAUAUAAUUUCACGGACUGCCGGGACGGGAGGAUUUAAAAUAGAAUAACUAUACUGCUCACAAAUGAGCUUUUUUUUUCUGUAACGAAACGUUGCUUCAACCUGGGGGGUGAUUUGAGACCAUAAACACCCACGUGUUGGAAAUGGCAGCAGUGUUUUCAUUGCUGAUGUACCGAUCUCUGAUUAUUUAUUCUUUCUGUGCGGCUCGGUAAUACAUAACCCACGGACCGGUACCGGUCCACGGCCCGGUGGUUGGGGACCACUGCACUAUAGAGUACUCUGGUUACCUCCUAACAUCAUGCCUCUCAGGACCUGAGCUCUGUUUAAACUGUAUUCAAAUUCUGUUUUUAGGUAUAAAAAGGCAAGUGUGGAAAGCAGAGCAAAGCGGUCUGUGUAAACUCAAUUUUAAAGUGAACAGAAUGCAGUUACAGUUAAAUGCAUAUAAAUGUAAAUAGGUUUAUAUUUUUGUGAGGAAUUAAUAUGUUUUACUAAGACAAAUGGAGCAAAGCUGAUUAUAAUAGUGAGUGCACUUUAGAUUUGUAAUUACUCAUGUACUCUCGUCAUUUUUGCUGUUUUAGUGAACCGUGUACGUUUGAGGAUGUUACGCUGAGCGAUAGGUUCUCGUGGUUUGUAAUAACGUUUUAUUGCUGUUUCUAGUUUGGCCUGGUUCAGAUAAUCGUGUAACUUUGGUCAGUGCUGCUCUGGAACGCCCCGGCUCUGCUAAUGUGGUUAUUACAAACCCAGUAUUGUUUACUUAAACUGUACUGAUGAGAACAUGUUACUAACUGUGCCUUUUAAAACUGUGGUAAAUUAUCAAGUGAUCGUCUAUAAACGCUGAUUUAAACUUAA